ACCUGGCAUCUUCUGGUGAUGUGUUCAGGACAGGUGAGAUGAGAAAUGGUUUUGGGCCAUGUGCCAACUCCCCAAACAGCACUUUUCUUGCAGAAAAGCAGAGACUGUGAGGUUUACAAAAACCUGCAACCUCCACCAAUGCAAAAUUGCCAAAAUUCCAUGAUGAGCUCACUCAAUAAAUCCUUGAGGAGCCUGCAAUCAGUUUUUAUGUUCUUCAGAGGGUGAGCUAAACCAAAAUCCCUGCCUCCUCUUAUGAUAGCCCAUAUUUUCCUUGUCUGCAGCCAGUCACAGGCAGGAGGGAGGGGCAAAAAAAACCUGAUUUAAAAGGUUUUGCAAGAGCCCACAGCCUCUCCUUGCCUGACUGCACAUGGCCACUCACCUGGAGCUGCCUGCUGGGGGGAGGAUGCCCAUCCUGGGACUGGGCACCUGGCAGGUACCUGCUGCAGCUGGGGACCUCUGGUUGCUGGGAAUCACAGUAGAUUUUUUCAGCAAUCUCCUCUUUGGGUCAGGAGAAUGCAGCAAAUCCUCUGUGCAAUAUUUCCCUUUGAAAUAUCUCAGGUAAUGCAGGUAUUUGUUCCCAGCCUUCAGGAAAUCUUAGGAUUGAGUGGAGUCUCUGCAGGGGGCAGCCAGGGAGGCAGUGAAGUUUGCCAUCGACGUUGGGUACCGGCACCUGGACUGUGCCCACCUGUACCAGAACGAGAGCGAGGUCGGGGCCGCGCUGCGGCAGAAAAUGGAGCAGGGCGUGGUGAGGAGAGAAGAGCUCUUUGUGGUCAGCAAGCUGUGGUCCACCUUCCACGAGAGAUCCCUGGUGAAGGAGGCGUGCCAGAAAACACUUGCUGCCCUCCAGCUGGAUUAUCUGGAUCUCUACCUGAUGCACUGCCCCAUGGGAUUCAAGGCAGGAGAGGAGCUAUUUCCUGCAGAUGCAAAUGGCAUGAUCAUUCCCAGCGACACAGAUUUUCUGGAUACGUGGGAGGCUAUGGAAGAGCUCGUGGAUGUGGGAAUGGUGAAGGCUGUUGGAGUCUCCAACUUCAACCACAAACAGAUCAAUCAGCUCCUGGGCAAACCAGGCUUAAGACACAAACCUGCAAACAAUCAGAUUGAGAGCCAUCCCUAUCUUCCUCAGGAAGAGCUGAUUAAGUUUUGCCAAUCCAAAGGGAUCUCUGUCACUGCAUAUUGUCCCCUUGGAGCACCCAACUGGCCAGGGUCCAAACCUGACCAUAUUUCCCUUCUUGAUGAUCCUCAAAUUAAGGAAAUUGCACUCAAGCACAACAAAACCCCAGCUCAGGUGCUUAUCCGGCUCCAAAUCCAAAGAAAUGUGAGUGUGAUUCCCAAAUCUGUCACUCCACAGCGUAUUGAAGAAAAUUUUAAGGUGUUUGACUUUGAGCUGACUGGAGAGGAGAUGGAGACCCUCCUUGGUUUCAAGAAGCGCUAUCGCAUCUGUGCAUUAAGCCAAUGCAAAAAUCACAAGGACUAUCCUUUUAUAGAAGACUGACAUGGGUAUCAGCUUCAGAGCCUCUGGGGGAUCCAGACCAUUUAUUGUUAUUCCAAGCAAUUUGCAAUCCUUUGUGUAUUAAUUAAUAGAUAAAAGGGGAAUAUGUAUUAAAAAAUGGGAGAAGGUAACUCACAGAUAUUCUGAAGAGUCAUCUUUGAACAUGGAAACAUUUGCUUCCUUUGUAUCAACCAGUUGCAUCAGUCCUUUAUCUGCUCUUGUAACACAAUUUUCAGUUGCAGCAAAAUAUAUAUUCUCUCUUAGUUUAGUAAUGAUAAUGAAGUUUAAUAAAGCCAUAGAUUGGGACUAGGGAAAAGCAUUUUUUCUCAUAACUAUAAAUCCUGACUAAGUUUAGAGAAAAUUAUAAUUCUCUGAUUAGUUACACUUUUGGACAAAGGGUCAAUACAUUUGCUAUCUUUUAAUUAUCAGUACAAGACAAUCCAUUUAACAUCAGAAGAUCUCAAUGACAUGACAUGCUGCUUGAGAUGCUGAGUGCAGUAAUUUCAGUGUAACAGACUGAAAGCUCUUUAGAGGACACUGCUGAAUUAUGAUUCAGGAGCUCUUUUCUUAAUGAUGUUUCCUAUUUAUGAACUGCUGAAAGCUAAUAAACUACUAGGAGAUUUGGAUGUUUGGUUUAUACUAUCUGCAAGAGUAUAUAAAUACUGCCUUUAUCAGGAGAAUGGCUGCAGUUGAGACUGAAAAUCUAGAAAAUCCAAAAUCUGAUAAAAGAGACACACAGGAAUUAUUUUGUUUGGCAGCUGUCAGAUUUAGCAAGCAGAAAAGCUGGGCAGCUUCACAGAAGCCAACAGCAGAUUUUCACUCUCCUGUACUGUUCCCUAGGUACUGUUUGCUUGUGUUUUGACUCGAAGGAUGUCUCUGGAUGCUGUUGUCUCUGGUUAAAAAAAUAAAAAAGGCAGUGCUGCUGCAGCCCA